AUGGCGGUCCAGACAACUGGGUCGACUCGGGAAACUGAGUUAACACAGGGAGCCGGAUCAGAUCGGAGUGUGGUUGUGGAGGCUCAGACGACUGUGUCGAGUCCAGAGAUGGAUUUGAUUCAGAGACCCGAGCCAGCGCUGGUGGGGCAUACCGUGGGGCCAAUGCCUGAGGUAGCGGUGGGGGUAGAUGGGGGAAUUGCAGUUUUCUGCGAUCCACCCAACUACCAAAGGGAAUAUCCCAGUGUCACUGGCUUCGGGUCAGCUGUCGGGUUGCAUCCUAAGGCACCUUUAAGGGACGUUAACGGCAUCUCGGAUCUGGCUGCACGUUUUGAUGAGGUGCAAAAGACAGCUGUGCGAGGGAUUUCGGCCGACCGACUUCUAGUGGAGACCGACUCUCCCUACUUGCGAGUCCUGUGUAAUAAAGACAAUAUUCCGGCGAACGUAGGUGAGGUUGCAAAUGUUUUGUCCCAGAUCCGAAGGGUGACCCUCAGUGAGAUAUUACGUACUACUGCUGAAAACGGCAGACGUCUUUAUAACCUGUAG